CGGUAACUUUUGUCAGGAGGAGGAAGUUCUUGGAAGAACGAAGCGACCGAAGAGAAUUACUACCUAAAUUUCUUCUUCCGGAAUAAAAAAAACAGCAUGGAAGCAACUAAAACACCUCAGACACCAGCUGGAGAAGCUGCUGGACCAGAGGGGGAGGUCAAAGAGACGCCAGCUGCUCCCCAGGCAGCCAGCCGCCUGCCUGAAAUUCGCCUGGUCGUGCUGGGAUGGAGGUGGCCUGGGAAAAGCUUGACAGCCAACACUAUCAUUGGCAAGGAGGAGUUUCGCUUGGAGCGAGCGGCUGAGUUUUGUGUGAAGAGGGAGACGGAGGUUGAUGGGCGGCAGGUGCUCGUGGUGGACACUCCAGGCUGGUUCUCCGCUCAGGACACGCCGCCCUCAUAUAAAGAGGAGCUUGUCCGAGGCCCCUCUCUGUGCCCGCCAGGUCCUCAUGCCUUCUUGCUGAUCAUUCCCGUGGGCAUGUUCACUGAGGUGGACCGUGCACGCAUCGAGGAGCAUGUCAGUCUCUUUGGUGAGGAGGUUUGGAGGCAUACCAUUGUGGUGUUCACCUGGGCGGAGGUGUUGAGGACCAUUUCUAUCGAGAGGUACAUUCGCAGGGAGGGGAAAGAACUCCAGUGGGUGCUGGAGAAAUGUAAGAAAAGAUACUUUGUUAUUAACAACUGUGCAUUUGGGGAGAACCCCCAGGUGGGACGCCUAAUGGAAAAGGUGGAGAAGCUGGUGGCUGAGGAGGGUCAGUACAGUCCAAAAGUGGAGAAGAAAUCUUUGGAUGUGAACCAGAAUGCGGCCAAGGAGGUGCGUGAUCUGGGGGCGCGACCCAAACUGAGCUCUGGACUGGGUUUAUGAAAGGUCCUGGACGUGGAGCAAACCUGCUGUGAGUGAUGACUUCAGUUCAUACUGGUUCUUUACACAGUAAAGGUCUGGGAGGCAUUUCUGUAAAAAAAAAAAACAAAAAAAAAACGACAACCCA